AUGGAUCCUAUACUGGAGGUUGUUUGCUUGCUGCUUGGGUUCAUUGGAUGGGUGAUGGUGGGGAUAGCUAUACCAAACCGUUACUGGAAGGUUUCAACGGAUGACGGGAACGUCAUCAUUACCUCGAACAUCUAUGAGAACCUAUGGAUGUCCUGUGCCACGGACUCAACUGGUGUCCACAACUGCCGCGAUUUCCCCUCUCUACUGGCCCUGAACGGAUACAUCCAGGCGUCUCGAGCAUUGAUGAUUGCAGCGGUCAUUUUUGGAUCUAUCGGGCUGGUCGCCACCCUGGUCGGGGUACAGUGUUCUAAAGCUGCCGGAGAGGACAUGGUUCUAAAGGGUAGAAUAGUUGCCGUUGGUGGUGUGCUUUUCUUUCUUCAAGGCCUGUGCACAAUGAUCUCAGUGUCUUGGUAUGCUUUCAACAUCACCCAGGACUUUUUUAACCCAUUAUAUCCCGGGAUAAAGUAUGAAAUCGGAGAGGGCCUCUACAUUGGCUGGUGCUCGGCUGUUCUUGCUCUCACUGGAGGGUCAUGUUUGACAUGUGCCUGCAAACUGGGCACGUCUGAGAAACAACCUUACCCAUACCAGCCCAGAGACAGAGUGUACUCUGGAGUUGCACCAUCACGGAGUCAGGCUGCCACUUCCUACGGCCAGGACGCCUAUGUCUGA